AAAAGAAUUUUGGCCCGAGUUUUGCCACCAUUUGACAUUGCUAAUCGCAUCCGGCCGCCUCAUACUCAACUCAAACUGAACCUCAACUUGGGAGGCGCAUUACAUGGAGGAGGUUGAUACUCAGAAUAUUCCAAAGUGCUGGUCGGUCGAGUCCACUUGAGCAGUGCGUUUCUGUUAAACUGCGCAUCGUCUGCUGAAUGUACUUGUUCAAGUGCAGUCAAUCCAGUACAGAUAGUGAAGCAUCGGCAAUUGAGAGUCCGAGAUAUAUGACAGAUUCAAGAGAUCGGAGAGACGAAGAACGGGAGGAAAGAUGGCAAACUUCGUGAGCUUUCCUACAACCAUGAGCGGGAAGACGAAGGUGGCCAUGACUCUGGCGAGGAUGGCAUCGGUCGAAAGGUUAGUGAUAGCGAGGAUGAUCGAUACCAUGACGAGAAUGGUCCAGACUAUGAGAAAGACGGCCAUGACCGUGGCUAAGGUGACCACCAGGUCCGAGAAGAUUUCGAAGGCUACAGAGGCGACCAUGACGCUGACUUCCAGGAAUGUGAAUCCACGAGUUUCAGGGAGAGAAAGCUACGCAGGUGCGAAUCAACCAAGUAAAAGUGGCCGGCAGCAAAACUUCUGCGUCUUCGGAUUCCCAAUCCGAGAAGCUCCGGAGAAACUGUAUUCUUUCAGACGCUCCGAACCUUCCAUCUUCAUGAGACGCAUGUUCCUAAGUCUUCCACGACGGCGAAAUGGGAUCUUACUUCGUGCAUCAGUUUGAACUCCCAGUCAUAUCAUUUCCUCCUGAUGAACUAUAGAUUGAUUAGAAUCACGAUUUCCUUCGGGACCCGUAAUUUCUUAUCUAGUUGAACCUUUUGACCCUUUCCAUGUCGUUCCAGUCCAGCGCCUAGAAAACUUGUACUUGGUCUUCUAUCAAACCUCCAUCCUCCUGCAUCCUGUGUACGGGUCCUUGGAGGAGCGGAGUUCAUCUAAUGAACAGGUAAGAUGAGAUUUUUUGUAAUUAGCUCUACUGUUAGCUCUAGUGACCCUCUCCCGCAUCAUGCUAACUACUCCAAGUAGCAGUUCAGUAGUGAAGAUCUAGUAUAUGAUCUCCAUACAUGGUCUUGUGAGCUGUGAUUUUCACACACAGAAAUCUGGGAAAGGAACUGUCGAAAUAUGGAAAUCGAUCUAUUUCCAUGUUACCUCCCCGAUGCUUGCGAGGACAUUUGUUAGGGACAUUUGUUGCGAGGACAUUUGCUUCACUGAUGUAAUGCGCUUCACUGAUGUAAUGAUGAUGAGAUUCACCUG